ACGUGAAGGUCAAUGGCUGUAAAAAGGGAAAGUUUGAAGGAAGAGAGUAUUUGAAGGGAGAGACAGUAUUUUUCAUCUGGAGAAAAGGAAUUCUUCUGAAGAAGACACACCUAAUACCAGAAAACCAGGAGUUUCCAGCAGAACUGUGCAGGCAGAACUACCAGGCUUUGCUGGAGUUAUGCUUGAAGAACAAAUGCCUUUUCACAGAUGAUAACUUUCCAGCUCACAUCAGCUCUAUUGGAACAGGAGCCCUGCUAAAAAAACUACCCCGAAAUUUACAGUGGAAGAGGCCACAUGCUUUACACAAAAGUCCAGUAUUUUAUGCUGCAAACAGAAAGCAACUUGAUCUCUGCCAAGGAUUGGUGGAGAACUGCUGGUUCCUGGCGGCCCUGGAAGCCCUGACAUUCCACCAGGACAUCUUGGCUGCAGUCGUGCCACAAAACCAGAGCUUUGAGAGGAAAUAUGCUGGCAUUUUCCACUUCCGGUUCUGGCACUUUGGUGAAUGGGUUGACGUGGUGGUUGAUGAUCGCCUGCCGGUGAACGAGGCGGGAGAGCUGGUCUUUGUUUCCUCAGUCAAUAAGAACGUGUUCUGGGGAGCCCUUCUGGAGAAGGCAUAUGCUAAACUCUAUGGCUCCUAUGAAGAUCUGCAAAUUGGGCAUGUUUCAGAAGCCUUGGUGGAUUUUACAGGAGGUGUUAAUACAAGGAUCAAGCUUGCAGAAGCUCCUCCUUAUCUGUGGGAUAUCCUGACAAGAGCCACCUACAGCAGAUCUCUCAUGGGCUGUCACACACAUUUAGGGACAACAAAGGUCCUGAAGAAUGGGCUUGUUGCUGGCCAUGCCUACACAGUAACUGGUAUUAGAAAGGUGACCUGUCGGUAUGGACCAGAAAACCUAGUGAGACUGAGAAAUCCAUGGGGGAAAAUUGAAUGGAAAGGAGAUUGGAGUGACAGCUCUUGUAAGUGGGAGCUGCUGAGCCCAAAGGAGAAGAUUUUGCUGAGAAAAAUGAAGGAGGAUGGAGAAUUCUGGAUGUCUCUGCGAGAUUUUAAGGUUCAGUUUGUAGAUCUGAUGAUUUGUAAAUUAACUCCAGACCUGAUGAGCCAGGAAGAUGGGAAAAAGUGGAUGUACUCCCUGAAGAGUGGGAGAUGGGUUAAAGGAAGUACAGCAGGAGGAAAUCUGGGAUUCUGUAAUGGCAACUUUUGGAUGAAUCCUCAGUACUGGCUGAAUGUUUUACCAGCUGAAGACAGUAAGAAAAGCCAGAAUUCGUGCAAUGUGGUCAUAUCCCUGAUGCAGAAACACAGCACCAAACACCGGAACCAAGCUCCUCACCUUUUCAUUGGAUUUUUACUCUACAAGGUCCAUAAGUACCAGGAAAGCAACAGAAAGCUGCCCCCAGCUUUCUUCACCCAACAUCAGCCUGUGAACAAGCACCAGGUUUUCCUUGAUGAGCGGGAAGUGACUCAUGACUUCCAUCUGGAGCCUUCUGUCUAUGUGAUUGUCCCAUCCACCCUGGAGCCUCAGCAGGAGUCUGAAUUCAUCCUGCGGGUCUUCUCCAGGAAGCAUCUUCUCCGGGAAAUGGGCGGGAAUACCAGUUUCACCCUCUCGAAGGAAAUUGCUGAUAGAUAUGAAGGCAAGACCUGGGAAGAUUUUUUCAAAAAGCAUUUUGAACAAAAUCCUGAAAUAAAUGCUGUUCAUCUCCAGAGGAUCUUGAAUAAUAUAUCUUGCAGAAAUUUCCAGAGUUUUCGCCUGAGUUUCAGUCUGGAUUCCUGCCAGAGUAUCUUGGCACUCCUGGAUCUGAAUGCCACUGGCACACUGAGUAUCCAGGAAUUCAGAGUCCUGUGGAAAAGGCUGCUUUUCUAUUUGUCCCUCAUCCCCCAGGAAGUUUUCCAGAAAAGAGACACUAGCAGAUCAGGAAAGCUUGACCUUGUGGAACUGCAUGCAGCUGUACAGGAGACAGGCAUUUCACUCAGCAAUGAAAUAUGUAAUUUGAUGGCAAUCAGAUAUGGUGACCCUGACUUACAGAUCAGCUUUGAGAGCUUUGUUUGCUUCAUGCUUCGAGUGGAGAUCAUGGGAGAGGCCUUUCGCAACUUAACACAGGAUGGCAAAGGGAUAUAUCUGCGAGAAUCUGAGUGGAUGAUGAUGACACUUUAUUCCUGA